GAAGAAGCAGUUUCUCUACCUGCUUUAUAAUUCUACUACUACUACUACUACAGUGUGUCACUACUGUAUAUAGUAUACAUUCAAUUAGAGUUCUAAAAUACAGUGGGAUAGAUAAUAAUAUUAUUAUUUUAGAAUAACCCCUCUAAUUCACAAGAGACAAUAGUAGUAUAGUUAAUUGAUUCGCUGACUAAAAGUUUAAAAGAAGACGUCAAAAUGGGUAAACGUCAACAUCAAAAGGACAAAAUGUAUUUAACGUACACAGAAUGGUCCACAUUAUAUGGUGGUAAAAAGGCAAGAACUUCGGAGGAAACAGAAGAUACAACAUUCCGUCGUUUACCUUAUGACCAUUGUUGCUUAUCGUUACAACCCUUUCGACAUCCAUACUGUGAUUCUCAAGGGAAUGUGUUUGAAUUAGAACCAAUAUUGAAAUAUCUGAAAAGAUUCAAACAUAAUCCUAUAACAGGGAAACCUUUGGAUCCAAAGACAUUGAUCAAGUUAAACUUUGCUAAAAAUAUGGAAGGACAAUAUCAUUGUCCAGUACUCUUCAAACUAUUUACUAAACAUUCUCAUAUUGUUGCUAUUAAAACAAGUGGAAAUGUAUUUUCGUAUGAGGCAGUGGAGCAAUUGAAUAUAAAGACACGCAAUUGGAAAGAUUUAAUAAGUGAUGAAGCUUUCACAAGAAAAGAUAUCAUUACAAUUCAGGACCCAAGUAAUGCAACAAAAUUUAAUUUAUCUACAUUUCAUCACAUCAAAAAUAACAUAAAAGUAGAGGAUGAAGAAACUGCAAAGGAACGAAAUAACCCAAAUGCAAAAUUAAAGACAGUAUCUAUGGAAACAAAAGAAAUAUUAGCUGAAUUGGAUAGAGAGUUCAAACAAACUGAAAGCAAGCAAGAAAUUUCCAAACCAAAAGCAGACAAAUUUAAUGCGGCACAUUACUCCACUGGAGCAGUAGCUGCUGGUUUUACAUCAACCGUAAUGCCAACAGAAACAACACAUCAAGCAGCAAUUAUAGCAGAAGAUUUAGUACGAUACGAACGAAUCAAAAAGAAAGGUUACGUGAGGUUGCUCACGAAUUUUGGCGCUUUAAAUUUGGAACUUCACUGCGAUCUUGUUCCGAAAACUUGCGAAAAUAUUAUAAAACAUUGCCAGAACGGUUACUAUGAUGGAACGAAAUUUCACAGAUCUAUACGAAAUUUUAUGAUACAAGGUGGUGAUCCUACAAAUACUGGUAAUGGAGGAACAUCCAUUUGGGGGAAAAAAUUCGAAGAUGAGUUUAAGCCGAAUCUGGUUCACCAGGGAAGAGGAAUUUUAUCCAUGGCAAAUUCUGGUCCAAACACAAAUGGAUCGCAAUUUUUCAUCACGUUUCGAUCAUGCAGACAUUUAGACCGCAAGCAUACCGUGUUUGGCAAAAUAGUGGGUGGACUUGACACAUUAAAUGCUAUUGAAAAGGUCGAUGUAGAUAACAAAGAUAGACCGAUAGAGGAUAUAAUUAUUCAGAAAGCUCAAGUUUUCGUUGACCCAUUCCAAGAAGCGGACGAACAAUUAGCUGCUGAACGCGCAGCUGAAGUUGAACGAUUAGCUCAAGAAGCUGCAAAAAAUAAAUCCUCAGAUAAGAAGGAACAGAAUGAACUAAAAGUAUAUCGAUCGGGUGUAGGAAAAUAUGUAAAAAUGGACAAAGCGGAAGACAGAGUGGAGAAGAUUGCAUCCAGUGUCGAACCUGUGGCAAAAAAGAAGAAGCUUGUGACAAAUUCGUUCAACGAUUUUUCCUCUUGGUAGAACAAUUAAAAUUGUUAGAAAUAUUUUUAUCAUUGUAAAUCUGAAACACUAAGAUAAAUAAAACAUUAUUUAUAUGA